CUGCCCCACUGUGGCCACCAUCUGCUGCGCUGCUGCCCAGGGUGAGUGGAGGAGCAGCCCCUAGGGCAUUGCCUCUGUGCGCCCCCAGGAUGCCGUCCCCACCAGCGCCCGGGCCUCUGGCUCUGCUGGACACCACAGCAGGGUUUGCCAGAAGGAAGAGGACCUCCCUGUGGUCUGUGGGGUCUCUGCUCCUGGUGUCUGCCCUCAUACUGACCAUCGGCCUUGCUGCCACCACCAGGACGGAGAACGUGACCGUGGGAGGCUACUACCCAGGCAUCAUCCUGGGCUUUGGCUCUUUCCUGGGAAUCCUUGGCAUCAACCUGGUGGAGAACAGAAGACAGAUGCUGGUGGCGGCCAUUGUGUUCAUCAGCUUCGGUGUGGUAGCAGCCUUCUGCUGUGCUGUCGUCGACGGCGUGUUUGCUGCACAGCACAUAGAACCGCGGCCCCUCAGUACAGGAAGAUGCCAGUUCUACUCCAGCGGGGCAGGAUACCUGUAUGACGUCUACCAGACAGAGGUCACCUGCUACUCUUUCAAUGGCAAGUGCCAACUGAAGGUGAGGAGCAACACCUGCUACUGCUGCGACCUCUACACCUGCGAGAGCACAGAGCCCUCGCCCACCUACUACGAGUUUGUGGGAGUGCGUAGUUGCCGGGACGUGGUCCACCUCUACCGGCUGCUCUGGGUCUCGAUGGUGCUCAACGUCUUGGGCCUAUGUGUGGGCAUCAUCACAGCCGCAGUCCUCGGGGCCUUCAAGGACCUGGUCCCUCUCUCCCAGAUGGCCUACAGUCCACCUCCUCCACCUCAGGUCCUCUACAACCCUGCCCAGCAGAUCUUGGCCUACACAGGCUUCUGUCCAUCGCCCCCCACGGUGCCAACCUGCUCGUCCUACCCACUGCCCCUUCAGCCCUCCGGCAUCCUUUGGGCCUCAGCCUGCACUGACCUCCAUCUACCCGAGGACACGCAGCCUCCCUCUCAGGGCUCCCACCAUGGGCCUGCAGCCAACGCUCCAGCACCCUGCGUGCCAGCCUCUUUCCUCCCUGGGGAGAAGCCACCCCCCUACGCACCCUGACUUCGGGUGGCAGAUUGAAAAGUAUCUUGGUUUUGCUGGUUUUUAAAAAGCUGUCUGGAAACCCUGAUCUGCAGCUGGCCUUCUGUAGAGCUGGACAGCUUCUGAAGGCGGUGCUGUCCUCCCCUCAGGGACCCACCCUUGGCCAGGAAUAGAGGUGAGAGCUGCGCCAGUYCACCAGAGCCCGAGGCGGCUUUGCUUGAUUCCCCUCUCGGCGCGAAGCCAACACCCCACACUCAGCCCAGCCUCCUCUGUUGGAAGGGGCUGCUCAGAAGUCUGCCUUCACUCACGGAACCAGAAGUCCACUCUCUGCCUUCCUCUCAAUCAGCUGGCUGUUUUCAUCAGGCUGCAAGGGGAAUACAGCUUGGUACAUCGCCGA